AUGGCAGCUACAGAUGACCCCGUUGCCCUCGUCGCCAAGGCGAAUGCCCGUGGCCCAACUACUGGCUUCACGGAUGUCGAUGAUAAUGCCGAACCGCUCCCUGCUGGUUUCGACACAAAGAAUGCCAAAAUAUUCACCCCCCUCAAGGUCGGUGACUUGACGCUGCAGCACCGAGUCGUCCACGCGGCUCUGGGACGAUCUCGCGCUGCUCAUUCCACUGAAAGCCCUUUGGCCGUCAAGUACUUCGAGCAGCGUACCACUCCAGGAGCCCUCAUGAUCUCUCAAGCCACUGGUGUCUCUCUCAAAUCAAAGGCUUGGCCUUGGUCAGCGACCCUCGAGACAAAAGAGCACCAGGCUGCUGUCGCUGAUAUCAUCCAAGUUGUCCACAAGAAAGGCGGUUUCUGGUUCCAACAGCUCACACACGUGGGUCGCUGCACUUCGCCAGGUCUUGUCAAACACGCCCACAAGGAAGCUGGUCUAGGACCCCCCUCCUACGGCUACCUUCCGGUAUCUUCUUCGGCUGUUGCUGAGACUGGGGUGAAUACUCACUCCGGAGAACCAUUCGGAGUACCGCACGCGUUGACAGUUGAGGAGAUCAAAGAAAUCCUGGCCGAUUUUCAGCGCGCUGCCGCCCUGGCCGUCGAAGCUGGAGCCGAUGGAGUCGAGAUUCUUUCCGGAAAUGGCUUCCUCCUGGACCAAUUUCUGCACGACAACAUCAACCAACGCGAUGAUCAAUAUGGAGGAUCAGUCGAGAACAGGAGUCGUUUUCCUCUAGAAGUGGUUGAUGCUAUCGCAGAAGUAGUAGGCUAUCAGCGUUUGGGAGUCCGAGUGAGCCCCUUUUCUAACUUCCACGAAACGGACGGCUCGCAACCCCUAGUGCAAUUACUCCAUCUCAGCCGUGAGCUUGCUCGUCGAGGUAUAGCAUACUUGCAUGUCGGAGAGGGCCGCGUAUCGCGCAACCUCGGCAUUGCUGAGAACCUCUCACGCCUUGUGGCCAAAGGAAUUGCCCCAGAAGAUAUCUCUCUUCGACCGUUCCGACGGCUUCUGAGGGAUACUGCUCCUUCGAACUCACGUCAUACACCUACUGUUCUCGUCGGCAACGGAGGAUACACUGCUACAUCUGGUAUUCUAACUGUGCAAGACGACCUGGCCGACGCUGACAACCACUCAGUCCAUACAACCGCGACACCUUUUAUACCCGGAUACACCUCCUACAGCAACUUUGAGGAGUAUGAGGGAAAUAAAUCUCAAGCUGGUCACAGUGAUAGGCCUGAUACAGACGAAUCAAAGGCAAUCAGACAGGAUGGUGCCAACGAUGCAGCAAAGAACAGCAGAGAGACUCCUAACAAGCGGGUUGCUAUCAUCGGUGCUGGAAUUAGUGGUACUGUCACGGCAGCUGCCUUCCAACGGCUUGGUGGUUUUGAACUUCAGAUCUUCGAGCGUAAGAGCGUCCCGGGUGGUGUCUGGGUAUAUGAUCCUGUAUCCACAACCAUUCCACAGUUUCCAGCAGCGGAACCUUCAGACAUCAAUCCACCUCUUCCGCGUCCCAACAGCCCGUUCCCUCUGGAUCUACCCCGUUCGACGCAACAGUGCUUCCUCUCGUCUCCCAUUUACGACUCCCUGGAAGCAAAUAUUCCGUACAAGGUAAUGGGAGGUGCUACAGAUUUCAACCUUCCACCCCCGGCAAACAACGAACACUACCUGAGUGUCUCUGAAGUCACAGACUUUGUAGCGAAGGCUACCCAGAAGUACAGCUCUAUAACUCAAUUCAGCACAACGGUAGAGGAUGUCCAAAACCUCCCUCAAGGCGGCGUGAGGCUACUCCUACGCCAGGAGAAUGCCAAUGGAACGGAUACUUGGUACGAAGAAGACUUCGACCAUCUCGUGGUGGCCACAGGCCACAACAGCGUCCCUCGCGUCCCCAAGAUACCCGGCCACGAGACUUGGAAGGGAGACCUGCAACAUGCUUCCACCUGGCGAUCGGGACAGGAGUUCAAGGACAAGAGCAUCCUUGUGAUCGGUACCAGUGAGAGCGCCAUAGAUCUGGUUCUUCAGUCUCUACCUCAUGUCAGGGGCGAUAUCCAUGUAUGCCAGAGGACACCGCACCCCCGGUGUCCCAACGUCUUUGAUCGGCCUGGCGUUAAGCUCGUGACCACCAUUGACCGUUUCACUGAAAACACGAUCCAUCUCCAUGACGGAUCUGUCUUGCACGGCAUCGACGCGGUAGUCUUUGCAACGGGGUACUUCUAUACCUACUCCUUCCUUUCGAACGUCCGCCCCCCUGUAGGUCCCGGCGGCCACCGCGUGCCUGGCCUGUAUCAGCACAUCUUCGACAUACAUAACCCUAGUACCAUCGCCUUCGUCGGCGUGGUCAACGCGUCUUUGACCUGGCUGACCUGGGAGAAGUCCGCCUUUUUGGUGGCCCUGUUCUGGUCUGGAAGGAUCAAACUUCCGUCUAGAGAAGCACAAGAGGCUUGGGAGGCAGACAGGCUCGCUGAGAAGGGGGAAGAUAUGUUUCAUGUACUGGAACUGCCCUAUGAGCGCGUUCUCUUCUUCGAUCAGUUGAACGAACUAGCUGCGGAAUACUUGCAGCAGGAGUCAGCCGAUGAUACACUUCUGCGGGGCUUCCCAUUCGAAUUCAUCUUGGCUUUAAUUGCCGGUCGACCAGCCAAGCUCAAGAAGUAUGAUUUAGUGGAGGACGUUGGUGGACGAGGUGUUAUUGGCCCUGCAAUCUUAGAUACUGUUAAGUAA